AUGGCAGCAAGUAACGCCGACUUGGCGAUUCUUGAGGUGAAACUGAAGAACUGCCAGCAGAGCAGGAAGCAAGAAGACGAUGAGUUAACUCAGGUUGUGGAACAAGCCCUGCUCCAGCUGCGCUGCCAGUCAACUGAAAUUGGGCUGCUGCGCGAGACGUUGGCUGCCCUGCGUGCAGUGAAUGUCGAAUUGGUCACACGAAUGAAGGGGUUUCAGCUCAUGGAAGCUAGGCUGAGUGAGCAUGAGCAACUGGAGAGAAGGGUUAGAGCGUGUGAGAUGCUGGAGGAGAUUAGGUCCAAAGAGUAUGAGAAAUUGGAUAUUAGGGUCAGGGAUUAUGAGAAACUGGAGAUUAGGGUCAGGGAUUAUGAGAAACUGGAGAUUAGGGUUAAGGAAUAUGAGGAAAUGGAGAGGAGGUUUCAGGAGUAUGAGAAACUUGAGAGUAGGGUCAGGGAUUAUGAGAAACUGGAGAUUAGGGUUAGAGAGUAUGAGAAUAUGGAGAGGAAGGUUCAUGAGUAUGAGAAACUUGAGAGUAGGAGUCGACGACAGCAUGAGGAACUGGAGGCAUGGAGGAAAGAAUCGGACCACUGGGAAGCGAAAAUGAGGAUGUGGAAGGAUAAAGCUGAGAAACUCGAGGCAGAGGCGAAAGAAUCAGCCAGCUUCUGGAAAGCGAGAGUGAGAGAGUUGAAACGCGAGGUAGAGUAUCUGGAGAAAAAGAUUCAGGAAGCUGCGCCUUCGGAGAUGCGCAUCAAGAAUCUGAAGAAAGACCUGGAGGAGAUGACGCAGCAGCGGAACAGGUAUAGCCAGCAGCUGAGGAACACCCAGGAGCACAGGGGGAAGCUGCAGCAACAAAUGAUGGAAGCCCGAGAUAUGUCUCUUCAGGUGCUGCGCGGCUGCAUGGCAGAGCUCAACCAAGUGCCAGCAGUGGGGGUAACUCAGCUGGUGAGCGCAAUCAACGCUCUCAUUCAGCCAGUGGUGGCGCAGGAAGGGGAGGACUUGGUGAUGACGGAGCAGCGCAACGGGCUGCGGCAGCAGCUGAGGAACACUCAGGAGCACAAGGCGAGGCUGCAACAGGAAUUGAUGGAAGCCGGAGAUAGCGCCAUGAAGGCGCUACGUGACUGCAUGGGAGCUCUUAGCAAAGUGCAAGCAGAGGGAGUACCGCAGCUGCUAAGCAACAUAAAGAAACACAUCCAGCCGGUGGUGGAGCAGGAGGAUGAGGACUUGGUGGAAGUGAACCCAGAGCCCAAGCUAGGGGAGAGCAUGAAGCUGCUGGUUAAGACAAUCAUUACGUUGCUUGCUGCAACUACCAAGGCCUGA